GGUUUACAAUAAAAUGCAAGCAGAGCUGAGCAAUUUAUGUAAGAAGAGUAAACCUACAUUCAAGCAAUCAACAGAUAUGAAGAGAAGUAAGGAAACAACAUCAUAUGAAGAGUCUCAUCUGAGUAAUAUUGAUGGACCAACACACAAUCAAUGUUGUGGGUUGAAGAAACAACACAUAACAUACCCAGAUAAGGAGACUAGUGGCAAUAUUGUUAGUGCCACCAUGUCUGAUCGAUAUGUUGAUUUGAAUAAACAUAACACAAUAUUGCCAGACAAAAAAACUCAUUUCCAUAAUAUCAAUGGUACAACGCCCAGUCAAUCUACUGGUUCAAAGGAACAUAAUGCAAUUUGUAUAAAUGAAACGACUGACACCAAAAGUCCUAGCGGAAUAAUAUCUGAUAAAACCUGUGCUUUAAAGCCACAUAAAAAACACCACACAGAUGAUAUAGAUUUUUCAUGUUAUAUUUGUGGUAAGAUUUUCAAUGCAUGUACAAAUUUGAAGAACCAUAUAAAAAUACAUACUGGUGAAAAACCUCAUUCAUGCAAUAUUUGUGGUAGAAGUUUCCUUAGGUCUAGUCAUUUGAAAAACCAUACGAGAAUACAUACCGGUGAAAAGCCUUACUCAUGCAAUAUGUGUGAUAAGAGUUUCAAUGCAUCAUCUACUCUGAAGAUUCAUAAAAGAAUACAUACCGGUGAAAAGCCUUAUUCAUGCAAUAUUUGUGGCAAGAGUAUCAGUGAAUCUGGUACUUUGAAGACACAUGAAAGAAUACACACGGGUGAAAAACCUCAUUCAUGUAAUAUUUGUGGGAAAAGUUUCAAUCAAAUUGGUCAUUUGAGGGUGCACAAGAGUAUACAUACAGAUGAUAGACCUUUUUCGUGCAAUAUUUGCGGUAAGAGUUUCAAUCAUUCUAGUAGUGUAAAGUAUCACAUAAAAAAACAUACUGGUGAUAAACCUUAUUCAUGCAGUGUCUGUGGUAAGAGUUUCAUUGAAGCUGGUACUUUGAAGAAGCAUGAAAUAAUCCACACUGUUGAAAAAACAUAUCCAUGCUACAUUUGUCCGCUGAAAUUUAAGCGAAAAGAAGCUCUCGAAAAACAUUUACAAAGGCAUAUUAACCAUCUAUUAUAAUUCAAAUUCAAAUAUAUAUCAAAAUAGGAUUUAAAAUCACUUAUUGAACGUCAAAAACUACCACCCAUUCAAAAGGGACUGCCUCAGACCUGAGAAGGAUGGACGCAAGAAACUCAGCUGGCGUUUUUUUAUAUAAAAUAUGGAUUACAAUGUAAUAUCGUACAAUAAACAUUUAUAAUUAAAGAA